AUGGCUGAAAAGGCUGAAGGUGAAAAUAGAGAGUUGAGAGAGAAAACAAUGAUCAAUAACAAAUAUACUAGGAACAGUAAAGGAUUUAGAAUAUGGUCAAUCAUUGCGUCGUAUUGGUUAAUUCAUAAUACAUCUACGAUUAAUGUUGCAUUCUUUACAACAGCUGUUGCAUCACUUAUAUUUGCAGCCUAUGAGAAGCCAUGGAAGUCACUAUCUUUGGUUAAAACAUCACAAUGGAAAAAGCUAGUCAUCUUUGCCGUCUUGAAUACUCUUAUUGUACUAUUAUGGAAUUUCGGUUUGAAAUAUGUUGGUCCUAUUGGAUCAGUAUUGUUUUCAGAUUAUACAUAUGAAACAUACCCUAUAUUAUUAAGUGCAAUCACUUCAAAUGCAUCAAAUAUUUUUGGAAAUGAUAUUGGAAGAGCAUGUAUAAUGUUAAUUGUUGGAUAUAUUAUAAUACCAAUUUUUGGAUCAUCGAUUGCAACCAACUUUGCCAAUCCUUCACAAGUUUUAUUCAUUGGUGGAGUGUGUCUUAUUCUUCACAAUGUAUUGAUAUUCUUUAGAAAUGAUAUGCUUCUCAAAUGGCAACACAGUGAUUAUGAUUAUGUAUUUUUACCAACAUUUUAUGAAAUGGUACAAUUAAUAUUAAUUGCAGUAUUUGGAAUUGUUAGUAAUUAUUAUAUUGAAGCUGUUACUGAACAACAAUUGGGAUUCCUUAUAUUUAGCAAAGCUAGUUUGACAAGCUCCUUUGUAUUUGGUUUGGUGUUGGGUGGUGGCUUUUCAUUUGCUCAAUUUGUAUCGUUUGCAUUGAUUAUCACUGCCAUCCACAUUCUCUUUUCCAAGGUUAAUUUGGAUCAGUACGGCAUGGGUGUGUUGGGUGGUGGUGCUCCAGGCGGUGUCAGAGACAUGACCAUGGGUACCGGAUUGGGCGGAAAGUCAGUCGGUGGUGGAGACGGACAAUUCAUCUUUAUCAUGAAAGACAUUCUCCAACAAAUCUUGGAAAAGCAGACAUCUCGUCGUAUCUUUACAUUCCUCGUCAUCAACCUCAUGUUUAUGUUUGUCGAGAUGGCCUAUGGUAUCUGGACCAACAGUUUGGGACUGAUUACCGACGCAUGUCACAUGUUUUUCGAUGCGACGGCGUUGUUUAUCGCGCUUGUUGCAGAGGUUAUCAGCAAUUGGAAGCCAAACGAGACAUUCACCUAUGGUUAUGGACGUAUCAAGAUCCUUUCCGGGUUUGUCAAUGGUAUUUUCCUCAUUUUCAUCGCCAUCACCAUUCUGAUGGAGUCGAUCGAGCGUCUGAUGGAGCCGCCCGAGAUCAACACGGACAAGUUGCUCCUAGUCUCGGUGCUCGGCUUCCUUGUCAAUUUGGUCGGUAUCUUCUCGUUCCACGAGGGCCAUGGCCACAGCCACGCUGGUGGUGGUGGUCACACCCACGGCCACUCGCACGGUGGCGCACCUCCAGCCGCCGGUGGCGAGGAAAAGAAAAAGAGAAGCGUCAACAUUGACGGUGUGUUCCUCCAUCUGCUUGCAGACACACUCGGUAGUGUCGGUGUCAUCAUCUCGUCGCUCAUCAUCCAGUUCUGGGGCUACACAUUGGCCGAUCCAAUCUGUUCGCUCUGUAUCAGUAUCCUCAUCUUCCUUUCCGUACUGCCAUUGAUCAAAAACACCGCCAAGACACUCCUUCAAUGCACUCCAGACCCAAUCGCCGACAACAUCUCCAACAUCACUAGCCAAAUUUCCAAUACUCCUGGUGUCACUCGAUUCUCAGACUAUCAUUUCUGGAGUCACAACGAAGACGAUGUUACAGUUGGAACCAUUCGCGUACAUAUCGAUGCUCAAGCAAACGAAAAGAAGAUUCGUAAAUCAAUCGAAGAAAUAUUCUCAAAUAAUCAAAUUACAAGAUCAACCAUUGAAAUUAUUAAACCAUUUGAUGAAUCUAUAAAACAUGAACAAGAAGAAGAAGAAGAAGAACAUCAUCAUCAUCAUCACGACGAACAAUGUGAUCAUGAUCAUGAUCAUCAUGAGCAUGGACACGAUCACGAUCACGAUCACGAUCAUGACCACGAUCACGGUCACGGUCAUGAACACGAACACGAUCACGAACAUAAACAUGAACAUGAACAUGGUCAUAGCCAUAGUCAUGGACACAGUCAUGCACAUGGACACGGACACAAUGAAAAUAACCAUACCGAUAUUCAUCAAUCAUUGGUACAUGAACAACCACCACAACAUCAUCACCCAUACUUUGAUGGAAAUCACCAACACCCUUACGACAAGGAUAAAUAA